AUGGACACCUCCCGCGUCCGCAUGCUCCUCUCGUUGCUGGCGCUGCUGCAGCUGGUGGCCGCCGGCAGCCCACCAGGACCGGACGCGAUGCCGCGGGGCUGCCCAUCACACUGUCACUGUGAGCUGGAUGGCAGGAUGCUGCUCAGGGUGGACUGCUCCGACCUGGGGCUCUCGGAGCUGCCCUCCAACCUCAGCGUCUUCACCUCCUACCUGGACCUCAGUAUGAACAACAUCAGUCAGCUACCGGCCAGUCUCCUGCAUCGACUUCGCUUCCUAGAAGAGUUACGCCUUGCUGGAAAUGCUUUGACACACAUUCCCAAGGGAGCAUUCACGGGCCUUCACAGUCUCAAAGUCCUCAUGCUGCAGAACAACCAGCUGAGACAGGUUCCGGAAGAAGCGCUGCAGAACUUGAGAAGCCUUCAAUCGCUGCGCCUGGAUGCCAACCGCAUCAGCUACGUGCCACCCAGCUGUUUCAGUGGCCUGCACUCCCUGAGGCACCUGUGGCUAGAUGACAAUGCCCUCACAGACGUCCCUGUGCAGGCUUUCAGAAGUUUAUCAGCCCUGCAAGCCAUGACCUUGGCCCUGAACAAAAUACACCACAUAGCAGACUAUGCCUUUGGAAACCUCUCCAGCCUCGUGGUUCUGCAUCUCCAUAAUAAUAGAAUCCACUCCCUGGGAAAGAAAUGCUUUGAUGGACUCCACAGCCUGGAGACUUUAGAUUUAAAUUAUAAUAACCUUGAUGAAUUCCCCACUGCAAUCAAGACACUCUCCAACCUUAAGGAACUAGGAUUCCACAGCAACAACAUCAGGUCAAUACCCGAGCGAGCGUUCAUAGGCAACCCUUCCCUUAUUACAAUACAUUUCUAUGACAACCCCAUCCAAUUUGUUGGAAUAUCUGCUUUUCAACAUUUACCUGAACUAAGAACAUUGACUUUGAAUGGUGCCUCACAAAUUACUGAAUUUCCUGACUUAACAGGAACCGCCACCCUGGAGAGUCUGACUUUAACUGGAGCAAAGAUCUCGUCUCUCCCCCAAACCGUCUGUGAUCAGUUACGUAAUCUCCAAGUGCUAGAUUUGUCUUACAACCUGCUGGAAGACUUACCCAGUUUGUCGGGCUGUCAAAAACUUCAGAAAAUUGACCUGCAGCAUAAUGAGAUCUAUGAAAUUAAGGGUGACACUUUCCAGCAGUUGCUUAACCUCCGAGCUCUGAACUUAGCAUGGAAUAAAAUUGCCAUCAUUCACCCUGAUGCCUUUUCUACAUUGCCGUCGCUGAUAAAGCUGGACCUAUCAUCCAACCUCCUGUCUUCGUUCCCUGUGACUGGGUUACACAGUUUAACUCACUUAAAAUUAACAGGGAACCGGGCCUUACGGAGUCUGAUACCAUCCGCAAGCUUCCCAGAGCUCAAGAUUAUAGAAAUGCCGUACGCUUACCAGUGCUGUGCAUUUGGGGUGUGUGAAAAUGUCUAUAAGAUUUCUAAUCAAUGGAAUAAAGAUGACAGCAACGGUGCGGACGACCUUCAUAAGAAAGACACUGGGUUGUUUCAAGUUCAAGAUGAGCGGGACCUAGAAGAUUUCCUACUUGACUUUGAGGAAGACCUGAAGGCCCUUCACUCCGUGCAGUGCUCACCUUCUCCAGGUCCCUUCAAGCCCUGUGAGCACCUCUUUGGUAGCUGGCUGAUCCGAAUCGGGGUGUGGACCACGGCAGUACUGGCGCUUUCCUGCAACGCCCUGGUGGCUUUGACGGUGUUCAGAACCCCUCUGUACAUCUCUUCCAUAAAGCUGCUAAUUGGGGUAAUCGCGGUAGUGGACAUACUCAUGGGGGUCUCCAGUGCUGUGCUGGCUGUCGUGGACACGUUCACAUUCGGCCGUUUUGCUCAACACGGAGCGUGGUGGGAAGAUGGACUUGGCUGCCAAGUCGUUGGCUUCUUGGCCAUUUUUGCUUCCGAGUCGUCGAUCUUCCUGCUCACUCUGGCCGCGCUGGAACGAGGUUUUUCGGUCAGGUGCUCUUCCAAGUUUGAAGUGAAAACUCCCCUCUCUAGCCUGAAAGCAAUCAUUUUGCUGUGUGUCCUCUUGGCCCUGACCAUCGCCACAGUCCCCUUGCUAGGAGGCAGUGAGUACAACGCCUCUCCUCUCUGCCUGCCCUUGCCCUUUGGGGAGCCUAGCACCACGGGCUACAUGGUGGCUCUUGUGUUGCUCAACUCCCUCUGUUUCCUCAUAAUGACCGUUGCCUACACAAAGCUCUACUGCAGCUUGGAGAAAGGAGAGCUGGAGAAUCUUUGGGACUGUUCGAUGGUGAAGCACAUUGCUCUGUUGCUCUUCACCAACUGCAUCCUUUACUGCCCUGUGGCUUUCUUAUCUUUCUCCUCUCUGCUAAACCUCACAUUUAUCAGCCCCGAAGUCAUUAAAUUUAUACUUCUAGUGAUUGUCCCACUUCCUGCGUGUCUCAACCCCCUUCUCUACAUUGUCUUCAAUCCCCAUUUUAAGGAGGAUAUGGGCAGCCUGGGAAAGCAAACCCGUUUCUGGACGAGAGCAAAACACCCAAGUCUGCUGUCCAUUAACUCAGACGAUGUUGAGAAACGGUCCUGUGACUCAACCCAAGCCUUAGUGUCCUAUACCCAUACCAGCAUAGCCUAUGACUUGCCUUCCAAUUCCGGGUCAUCACCAGCUUACCCGAUGACUGAAAGCUGUCACCUCUCUUCAGUUGCGUUUGUCCCAUGUCUCUAGUUACUAUGAGAGAGGAACGUUUUUAAGAGUUGGAACCCUGAAAUACCAUUUAUAUCGGAGCAGUAGCUAAGAAAAGCUGAGCUGAAACCUAGCUUAAAACACAAGCAAACAUCUCUAAAUUAGUAUGGAAAUGCUGACUGAUGCCUUUGAGCCGGAGAGUGAUGACCAAUCUAAGCACUGCUUGGAUCAUUUGUUCAGCUAAGAAGUAAAUUCAUCAAGUCCACUUAGAUGAACCCAGAUGAGAAAAGCAGACUGAAACGCUCUUCAAAAAAAAAAGCUCUCUGGUUUUAAUUGUAUUCUCUUCAAACUCACCAGCAUAGUCACCCGUAGUGGGAAGAUUCACUGGAUGAGUCAAUGGGUGUAUUUAAAUCCACAAAUUCCUCCUUUAAAAGGUUAGAGUUUUAAG